AUGGAUGACGAUGAUAUUGACGAGAUAACAUACACAAACAGUAAUCAACAUAACCGACGAUCAUUAACUGGAACUUCCAUAACAUCAAUUAGUGAAGAUCGAAAGUCAAUUUCAACACUGAAUCAGCAGACUUUUGAAGAGAUUGUUAAAGACGACGAAGGCUUUCCUUACUUCAAGGAUCAGUUUUUUGAAUAA